AUGUCGACCACCACAACCACCACCGCUCUAACGUCCACCACCCUCAUCGGGACGCUGCCUGCCAUGGCAAGCGCCGCCACCCUGGUCUCAGGGAAAACUUGUCCCACGUGCGGACAGGACGGCUUUUCUGCUCCCGGCCAAUCAGCAGAUGAUUCCCGCCGCCGAGUCAAGGACCUUGAAGGCGAAGUGAACGCCCUAAACGUUCAAGCUACACAAAUGGCCGAGAAACUGGCCGCAUAUGAAGAAGAGAUCCGAAGACUGCGAUCGCAGCCAAGUUCUCGAAAUGAUUCCUCGGUAUCGUUUACCUCGUCGACGCAAGACCGGUCCCUAUCGCCCACCCAGCUUCAGACAUCUCCGAAAUCGCAACCUGGGCGACUUUCUACGCUUGCCUCUUUCCUUCCGUCUCGUCGACCCAGCGCUACGAGCGCGAGCAGCACUACGCAGGCUCAACCGCUCGCCUCGCCUCCGCCCCCGCCCCCACCCCCGCAGAAUACCAGCCACGAAGAGACAGUGGAGUUGCAGAAUGCGCUGAGUCGGGAACAAACGUUGCGCAAGGCCGCGGAGAGCCAGUUGUCGCAGGCGAGCACGGAAUUGGAGGAGCUGACUGCGCAGCUGUUCAGCCAGGCGAACGAAAUGGUGGCACAGGAGCGCAAGGCACGUGCGAGAUUGGAAGAACGGGUAGCGGUGUUGGAGCGUCGAGAUGUCGAAAAGCGGACUCGACUGGAGCGAUUGGAGAAAGCGAUGGAGAGAGUGGAGCGGAUUCGCGCGAUGGUUGGGUAG